CGCCCAUUAACGGGAAUCACCCAAUACAAGAACUAGUAACGGUCAUGCGUACGUAUUGCCAAGUCACAAUUCAGUCGAACAAUCAUUUUUUGACUUUUAGAAAUUGUCGUCAUCAUCGCACGGUACGAUACGUACAGUAUGUGAAGCAUUCUUGCCGCAAUAGAUAUGUCUCGCGGAUGGAUCACAUCCUCUCCGUAGAGAAAAGGGCACUACUGCUGGCACAAAUCAAUCAGUUUCGAAGUCGAUCAGUAACACAAUGUGGCAGACAUUUACUUUCGGCUUUCUUUUGUCGUCGGCUGUGGUGACUAAUGCAUUCACCACUGCUCCCAGUAGCGGUGCCGGAGGAGCCCUUUCGACAAAGCUCCGAUCCUCGGCUUCCUUCUUUGACACAACUGAUGCAUCGAAGCGCGAGGCGCAGAUGAUCGAACAGACCAAGCGUCUCUUUGACGAUGAUGUGAAGCUAGGCCUUGCCGACGGUGGGGAGUGCCUGGCAGAAAACUUCCAAUUUUGUGCUGCAGUUGUUGGCCCGAUCGGAAAGGAUGCCUUCCUGGAUGCUCUCGGAGGAUUCAAGCUUGAGGAUUCGUUUGAUAUCAAUCAAAAUCGAUUCGGGUAUGCCGUUUCACCGGUUCAACCCAAUCGGGUGUAUUUCCUGACCUCUAACACGGCAACCCAGACCAAGGAAUUUAUGGGUGUAGCGCCGGAGGAUUCUCCCAAUUCAGAACUGAUUCUGCCCCCAGAAUGCCACCACGCCGAUUUUGACGAGGCCACUGGAAAGCUCACCGAGUACGGAUUUUAUACGGUUGAUCGACAGUACGGCAACACAGGAGGUCUAGGUGGUGCUUUUGGAUUCUUUUACGGUGUCGGCAAGGCCCUUCCGUUUCGUGAAGCGAAGCCUUUCAAGAAGUCUGCCAAGUACGCUUUUUUCACUUGGCUGGGCAAUUUCAUGUCGAGAAAGAAGAAGAGCAGCAACGAUAAAUAAGAAGGAAUAAAUAAGAUUUAAAGUAUUGA